CCUAAUACUGCACGACCUCUGAGCACCAACACUGUGCACGACUGCCGGGCAUGUAAUCACCGGGUUCCAAUAACUUUCUUUCCUCGUUUCUAGUCCUACAACCACAACACGUCGUGACUAACGUUCUUCGUGACGUCAUCACAUAGAAUGUAAACUCCUGCAUCUUUAUGGCGAAGACUUCGUGUGAAGUUUUCAUUUAUUUGGUUUUGCUCUCUGAACGUCUGUGUGCUAGUCUGUCCAAAUAUGUGCAAUAAAAAACAAAGAAAAAUUACGAUGAAAACUUGACGUGUUAUACAUUCUCUCGGUAAAACAUUUGUGGCGAACUCGUGGCAUUCAUCUGCCUUUGAAAUAGAUGUCUGUUGUUCUUCACGGCUGUUUGGAGGUUUUGUGAGCAAUAAUAUGGAGGGUGACAGUAGUGAAUGCAACAUUAAAGUUGUAUGUCGGUUUCGGCCGCAGUCUCAAUCAGAAGUAAACAGUGGUGGAUCUUUAAUGACAAAAUAUCCUUCAAAGAGUAAUGACACGACGGUAUUUGGGAAUCGUGUUUAUACUUUUGAUCAUGUCCUCCGACCUACAGCUACACAAGAAGAAGUCUAUAUGAUUUCAGCAAAGCCCAUUGUCAAAGAUGUUUUGGGAGGUUACAAUGGCACAAUUUUUGCCUAUGGGCAAACAUCCAGUGGAAAAACACACACUAUGGAGGGUGUUCUUGGAGAUGAGGAGUUACAGGGUAUCAUUCCUAGAAUUGUUGAUGACAUUUUUAAUUAUAUCUAUGACAUGGAUGAAAACUUAGAAUUUCACAUCAAGGUGUCAUAUUUUGAAAUUUAUUUGGACAAGAUACGUGAUCUUCUUGAUGUUUCAAAAACAAGCCUUGCAGUUCAUGAGGACAAAAACAGGGUUCCUUAUGUCAAGGGUGCUACAGAACGCUUUGUUUCAAGUCCAGAAGAAGUAAUGGAUGUCAUGGAAGAAGGAAAAGCAAACAGACAUGUUGCUGUCACAAAUAUGAAUGAACAUAGCUCAAGAAGUCACAGUAUAUUUUUGUUGCACAUCAAACAAGAGAAUACAGAAACCAACAAGAAGUUGAGUGGGAAGCUAUACUUGGUUGAUUUAGCUGGCUCAGAAAAGGUCAGUAAAACUGGUGCUGAAGGCGAUGUUCUCGAAGAAGCCAAGAAUAUCAAUAAAUCUUUAUCUGCCCUUGGAAACGUCAUCUCUGCUCUUGCUGAAGGCACGAAAAGCCACGUUCCUUACAGAGACAGUAAAAUGACAAGAAUCCUUCAAGAAAGUUUAGGAGGAAAUUCUCGCACUACAAUCAUAAUUUGUUGCUCCCCAUCAACGUUUAACGAAUUUGAAACAAGAUCCACGUUAAUGUUUGGUCAGAGAGCUAAAACAAUCAAAAAUACUGUGGUAGUGAACGAGGAACUUACCGCUGAAGAAUGGAAGCGAAGAUUUGAAAAAGAAAAAGAAAGAAAUACUAAACUGAAGUCCACCUUGCAUCGUUUUGAAUCUGAGCUUCAACGAUGGAGGAGCGGUGAUUCUGUUCCAACUGAUGAGCAAGCUACUUCCAAAGAUCAAAACCGUCAAUCGGGUAUCUUUGAUAAUUCAUCGUUGAUUGGCUCUCCCGCCUCAGGUGUUGGGUCGCCUCUUUCUGUUUCAUUGUCUAAUGACGAGAGAAAGAAAUUCGAUGACGAAAGAGUGAAGUUAUUUGUACAACUUGAUGAAAAAGAUGAUGAAAUUCAAACGCAAGCUGCAGAGAUAUCAAGACUUAAAGAUCAACUUCAAGACCAGGAAGAGAAAAUGACAACGACGCGGUUCGACUCGGAUUCUCUUCAAUCACAAAUUUCGUUGCUUCAAAAAGAGAACGAGAAAUCCAAAGAUGAAGUGAAGGAAGUCCUGCAAGCUCUUGAAGAACUUGCCAUGAAUUAUGAUCAGAAAUUACAAGAAGUUGAUACGAAGAACAAGGAAAACGAUAAACUUCUUGAAGACCUCACAUCUAAACAGAAACUACUGGAUCAAGUCAGUAAGAGUUAUGAAGAAACAAAAGACAUCAAUAGUGUUUUGAGACGACGAUUAGCAGAAAUGAUGAAUAGUUUAUUAAACGACCUGGGUGACAUUGGAACAGUUAUUGGUGGCAAUGCUGCUGAAAUCAAGAAACCGAUUAUGGAUGUAUCGGGAAAGUUAGAUGAAGAUUUUACCGUUGCAAGAUUGUAUAUCAGUAAAAUAAAAACUGAAAUAAAAUCGUUGGUUUCGCGAUUGCAUACAAUGGGAAAUUCCGAAGAACAAUUGAAGAAUGAUCUUGAAAAGUCAAGUAAAGAACUACAAGCGUCUCAGCUUCUUGUAUCCCAGCAUGAAGCCAAAAUGAAAACAUUGAACGCAACCAUGAAGGAAAUGGAGGCAAAGAAACGAGUAUUGGAGGAAGCUGUUGAUUCUCUCAAUGAAGAAAUGAGUGAAGUCAGAGCUGAAGCUAACGUUCAAGCUUUGGCUCUAAAAGAUAAAGAACAAGAGCAUGCUGGCUUAGUUGAAUCUGCAUCUGAAAUGAAGGUUGCUCUGGAAAAAGAAAUGGAAGUUCACCGUGAGGUGCAACAGAAACAAAUGGCUAAAUUACGUGAUGAAAUUCAAGAAAACGAAGCGCUCAUUGCUGAAUUAAAAGAAGCCAAUCAGAAACAAGCAUUGGCCGAGGAGCAAUUACGGAUUGAAAAUGAGAGGUUAAAGAAAGAUUUACAGGAUAAGACGAAGAAGAUCAGUGAAUUGAAUGUUGAAUCUGACAAGAAAGAGCAAGCUAAGGCUGAUUUAAGAGGAUUGGAGGAAACAGUGGCCAAAGAAUUAGCAUCUCUGCAUCGGUUACGACAACUGUUUGUAAAAGAUUUGCAAUCACGGUUAAAGCCUCAUAGUAGCGAAGGUGACACUGAGGAUGACAGCAGUAGCCAUGCUCAAAAGCAAAAGAUUGCUUUUUUAGAAAAUAAUUUGGAUCAACUGACUAAGGUUCACAAACAGUUGGUCCGCGAUAAUGGAGAAUUGAGAUGUGAACUACCUAAAUUGGAGAAACGUCUACGUGCAACACAGGAAAGAGUGAAAGCUUUAGAGCAGGCUCUGAAAGAAGCAAAGGAAGGAGCUCAAAAAGACCGUGCAAGGUAUCAAAAAGAAAUGGAAAAAAUGAAAGAAACAAUGAGAAAUAAACAAGUAGCGGCAAGAAAAGGUGCUCAAGCCCAUAUAGCAAAACCUAUCCGCGCUGGUCAUCAGCCUUCCAGCUCUUCUUUACGGACUGGUGCGAACACCAUAGCCAGUGCUGUUGUGGGUGUCGGUAAAGUGAUAGCAGGAGCAGGCUCAAAAACCAUUGAUGAAGUUUCAUCACAAGUUGCAAUGCCUGUUAUACGUGGUGGAAGCAGGACGACAAAUGAGCCAGUAGUAACGUAUAGUAAACGAAUUCGUAGUGCUGUUAGUAAAGAAACAUUGGCAACACAUCCAAAGAUAGGUUCAGGAAAUGGAGAGCAUCUUCCUGUUGGAGUUCCCACCAACUCUUCACCAAUUAACGGUGAGGGGCGUGGUUGUGACGUAACUCCUCGUACAACCAGUGUCGAUCGGUUGAACUUUAUGUCCAAUGAAGAGUACUCCCUUCAAAGCUCUGAAGCAAAUCAUAGAUCGCCAUUAAAACCAACAGGAAAAGAAGCUGAACUAGCAGCUGCUCUAAAGAAAAAUAGACGACGAUCCGGUUCAUCACCUGGUAAUCCUGGACCAUGGGAAGUAAGAAAACCUGAUUCGUGAAAAAAAGUUAGCAUUAUGCAAACUUGAGAGUACACCCCGUAAUGACUAACAUAUUAAAUGGUGAAUCAUACUCAAGUCAAACAUCGUAUUUUGCUGAAGAAUAAACUGUGUGGGAAGCAUGGCUGCCUAGUUUCAGCUUAAAUUUGAGGAUAGAUUAAUGUCAUUAUCACGUCAUUUUUGUGACGUCAUAUGAAUAAAAGUCUUAGGUAUAUUUUAUUUCCCAAAAUUAGUAAGAAAAUAAAUAAGAUGAAACAAAAUAA